AUGUCCGCCAGCUGGGACCCCGACAAGGAAGGCAGUGCCCUGGGCGCAGAGGACGCUGGCGAGUUCUCGGAGAACAUGCAGAUCCUGGGCGAAGGCUUCAGAAAAGCCACCCUUGAAGAGGACUACGAGAAGGCCCUGGAGGCACGCAACGAGAGGCGCAAGCUGCUGGAGGCCAAAGAGAAAAAGAAGACCGAGCUCCUGAACAAGUGA